GUCCGCCCAUCAGAACCUUUGUAUGCACGCACUCAGGCGGUUGCCUGAGCGAGGAUCACGUGUCAGAAGUUGGUUCCUGUUUUUUUUUUUUAAAAAGACCAAAUCGAGGUGUCCGACUGCCUGCUUAGCAGUGCCGCUUUGCUAGGGCGGCUGCGUCCCACCGUUCCAGAAGCACCGGGCUGAAGAGCAGCCUCCUUGCCCAUCUAUUGUCUUCGCCUCCCGCCUGUUCCCUUGACUCCUCGCCAAGAUGGCAGAUCUGAACCGGCAACUGCAAGAAUAUUUAGCUCAGUCCAAGGGCGGCGGCGGCGGCGGCGGCUCGACGGUUUUGUCAGUUCCUCAGACCCCUCCUCAGGACGAGGCAGAAGAAACCGGCUCAGGCUUGGGCGUCUGGCUGCGGCGCAUGAACCCUUUCCCCGCGACAGGAACGUGGUCGGGGGCGGCCGAGGCGGAGCCGGAGCCAUGGCUACCGACAGGGGUGUCCCGUUGGCAGAGACUGGUGGGGAGUGCCCUGUGUCUGCUGCUGGCUGCUCUCUGUUUCGGCCUCGCCGCGCUUUAUGGCUCGCUCCUGCUGCUUCGGAAGUUCGCGCUGCUCUGGUCCUUGGGCUCGGCCUUUGCGUUGGGAGCAGCUGGUUUCUUGCGGGGCCCGAGUCGUUUCCUGGGCGAGCCUGACCGGCGCGGCCUGGCCAUCCUGUAUUUGGCGUCCCUGGGCGGAACUCUGUACGCUGCUCUCGGGCUCCGAAGUACGCUGCUCACGGUGCUGGGUGCUGUGGUCCAGCUGGGAGCCGGAGGCGCCUACUUGUUUUCCUCGUUGCCUGGCGGUGCUGCCGGUUUGCGGUAUUUCGGCAGCUUCCUGGGUAGCUUCGUGCGACGAAGUGUUUCUAAAGCUCUUCCAGUGUGAGUUACUCUGUCGUCGGAAGUCCAACUCCCGGUCUUGAGAAGACUGCUCCGUGAGGAGGCACCCCGGGCCGCUUUUCAAAGUAACGCGCAGAGCAGGAUAUGCAGCCUGAAUCCCAGGAAUCCUUGAAUAGAAAGUUUCUUCUGCGACUCCUGUGAAUUCCGGGAGAUAAUUCAGUUGCCUCACUCUGGUUGUUUGACUGUUGAGAAGUAUUAAAGUAUUAAAACAAAAGAUGUGUUUUAAAACUGAACUACCUACACUGGCAGGUAGAAAGAGCCAAAGGUUUUGUAGAGUCUGUGUGUUCUUCCGAUCAUUGCACAAACUACCCCAUUAACCGUUUUUAAAAUUGCAGCCUUGUGAUUUCUCUCACUCUUGGGCUGUAAAGGAGACAGCUCAACAUUUCCUUUGCCUAUUCCAGUUAUUGAAGCGCUUUUCCCUUUUCUGACACAAUUUUGGGGUGGAUGUGAUUAGGAUGCUUUGUCAAAAAUUUAAUUGAUGGUUAUUGGAUUGGGAUUUGUCCAGCUGCUAUUAGCCUUUGAACUGCUGUGAUUACAACUUCUCCAUUCCAGUCAAUGGUACUGCCCUAUGGGCCACUUUGUUCUAGACUGCAGAACAGACCUAGGUUAUAUGAGGUUAGGUAUAUUGUUUGUUAGAGAUGUAUUCGUUUAGAAUAUUAUCUGUAUGGUGAAAUUAGCAUGUAAAGCCAUACACAUGAACAUAUAUUCUGUACAUGUUCUGGAAUUCCAUUUCUCAGAGAGUUUUCCCUUGUUGAUCAUUCCCACCUCCUUUACUCUAUGCUUCUCUUCUGCAUUACAACAGUGCUUUUGCAUCUGUAAUGUAUUUCUGAAUAGCCUGAAGAAGAAAAAAAACCACUAGUGUCAACUGUCUCAUCCUCUUGCUUUCAUUUUACCUUACUAUGUUUCUUGUUUCUCUCACAUAGUUCUCCUUCCCUCCUCACAUCUUUCAAGAGUGCUAGACCAAUGGUCAGAGGUGAGCUGAUGGAUUAGUCAGAAAUACAAAGCAUCUUGGUCCCUGUGACCUAUUCCUUGGAGAACUUGAAAGAUACACAAAACCUUUGGUCCAGACACCCAUUUUGUCUGCAUGGUGGGAAAGGGUUGCCCAGUUUAAACAGGAGAGCUUUCCCACUGAAGAGUUACUGCCAGCACAACAUCAGCAGGAGAGGGCUGCCCUGUACAAGACUCCCUUCUAUUGCUUUCCUACUAGCCUCCUACGUUUUAACUGGGUCUGGAUCUGGCUAUCAGAAAUAUUUGCCCCAAAUACAAAAUAGGGCAUGUGAUUGUUUUUUCCUGAGGGAAGUGAAGAAUCAGCAGGAGAUAUGGACUGAGAGGAAUCUACAAAUUAUUUUGCUUUAAUCCUGUAUUAAAAGUGUAAGAAUAACCCGGUUUGCCUUGUUACUACAUCUACAAACUACAUAAAUUCAGGGUUGGUUUCACAAUUUUGCAGUGCAAAUAUACAUUUUAUUUCUCUUAAACUUGUAGACUGCAAAGCAUACCUCUUACAUAUUGUAUUCUCUAAAGUCAAAAGCGUUAAAUCCAGGGAAGUAUGUUUAAAAUUUAAACUUAAAUGCUUAAUAAACUAGCACAUUCUAGAAAAUAAUUUCUUACAGGUUAAAUACAGGUAGUCCUGAACUUACAACAAUUCAUUUAGUGACCAUUCAAAGUUACAACGGCACUUAAAAAUGUGAUGUAUGACAAUUUUUCACAGUUACGACCUUUGCAGCAUCCCCAUGAUCUUCUUAUCAAAAUUCAGAUGCUUGACCACUGGUUCAUAUUUAUGACCGUUGCUAUUCCCCAAAGUCAUGUAAUCACCUUUUAUGACCUGAUAAGCAAAGUCAAUGGGAAAGCCAGGUUCACUUAACAAUUGGGUUACUAACUUAUUAACUGCAGUGAUUCACUUAACUGUGGCAAGAAAGGUCGUAAAAUGGGACAAAACUCACUUAAACAAAUUUUUCACUUAAGAGAAAUUGUAGGCUCAAUUGUGGUCGUAAGUCGAGGACUACCUGUACGUGCAAUAACUAUGUCUAAAUGUAUAUUGUUGAAUAAGAAAGGUCUUAUGUCAAAGGUGUUUUAUUAAUGAAAGGAACAACUUAUAAGCAAAUGCUUAUAUUUAAGUGCAAAAAAUCUACAGAGCUCUCCUCUAGACAAUUUAUUCAAAAGCAAGUCUUGCUGAGUCUAGUGGCACUUCCACACUCAUGCAUUAAGAAGGGAUCAAGUGAGUUAUAAAUUAAUAAAAUGGUAAUUUUAAAUUUAUAUUGGCAUUUCUCAGUGAUUUGUGUGCAUAUGUUAUGUAAUGUAAUCAAAAAUAGCUGUAAAUCAAGAAGUUGCUAAAUAUUUAACUCUGGAACAAAUUUUCAUGAAAUCAUUUAAAAGAUUAUUUGAAGAAGUUUCAAUUAGGGAAGUACAAUAAAAUAAACUUUACAAUCCUUUCUAUUUACAAUUUAAGUGAGGCUUAUGACCAAGAAAAUAGCUAUAGGAUUGCAACCCAAGUGUAUUUUUACUGUAUAAUUUAGUCUACAGACUUGGAGUAUGUUAUUCUAUUUCAGCUUUUCUCAAAUUUUUUAAUUCUGGAAGAACGCUUGAAAUGGUCUCAAGGAAUCCUUGCAUAAAAGUGAUAAAAAUACAAAACCAUCACAAUACAAUUCACUUCUAACCUGUACAAUCCAAUUUUACAACCUUUACAAGAGCAAACUGGCAGAUCAGCAGCUGAGUUGUCACAUAUAAAAUUUCCCAUUAUCAAAAAUGCUAGCGUUGUGUGAUAUACAGUUUUUUCCCCAGUCAUAGUCUCUCACAGAACUGCUACAACUUCAAAUGGAACCUUACAGUUCUGCGGAAUUCUAGUUCAGAAAAGCUGUUCUAUUCCCUGGUAUAAUGUGACAUGGAGAAAAAUGUUAUUUAAAAAACUUUUAAUAGAAUGUCUAAAAUGUGAUGUGUUUUUACGUUUUAUGUAGUAAGGACAUGGAAGUAGGUUGUGCCAAAUGUACCAAUUAUCAGCUAUAUUUUUUUCAUUCACUAUUUAAAUUCUUGUGCAUAUGAAGAUAACUACUUUUCUGUGAUGUUCAACCCUUGGGAUUUAUCAAGAAUUUGAUUAAAAUGUUAUACUUUUACUAUUUUCUAUAUUUUCUUAUUAAAUUCAAUCUUACUUUUUCGUUGGAAUGAAAAUUAGUUUUAUGUCUACUGGUUUAGGGCAAAAAAGAGAGAUGAUUGUACUAAUGAAAUAAAUCCAAAAGGCAACACAGAACUUGCCACAGGAAAACUCCACACAGCCAACCGUCUGUGGGGACAAGUCACCACAGCUGUCUGCCUGGCAGCGAGAGGGAGAGCCAGGUGAGCAGGUGGGCAGAGCACACAGCUAUCGGGGCAGACAGCGAAGAGGUGGCAGCUGGGAACUUCCCAUUUUCUCACCCCCACUGCCAUGAUAGCCUCAGCUGCCGCCGCAUUGAGCUCAAAGCUGCCACCGUCUCACCAGAGUUGGAGCCAUUGCCAUGGCGGCAGCAGCAACGCAUAUGAAAAUAGGAAGCCCGUGGCUGCUGGCUCUCCACCACCCACCCCAUCAUGCUCUGCCCACCUGCUCACCUGGCGUGCUCUCCAGUCGCUCACGGCAUAUCCACAUGGCUAGUUGGCUGUGUGGAGUUGUCCUGCAGUAAGUUGGCGGUGGCGAGCUUAUAGCAGCAAUUUGGCCACAGUGAGUUGCCCUAGACCCCAGAAUUUAGACUUCUUAACUACAGUGAAGACUAGAAAAUAAGUUUAAAAAGUACCAUCCUUUUUAAAUUAGACUUGUUCUCUCCUUACCUUAAAUGAAAGGAAGCAUCAUCACAAUCAAACACGGCUAACACAAGUUAUAAUUUUCCUAUAAGCAUCAACUGAAAAUUUUAUUGAUGUAGAUCCUAAUUUUAAACAGAACUACUCCGUUUACAGUUAAUGCAGACUAUCCUGUUUAUUUGUAAUUAGUGGUGAGACAAAUUUACUUUUGAGCAGAAAUAGGUAUUUCCAAAGCUAAUUGAUGUCCUCUACUUGGUAAGGAAAAGUAAAAGAUAUUCAAAAUAGAAUAGAUUUUAUAAUUUAAGUAUCUACCAAAACAUGGAGGAAUAUCUGUACAUCCUAUGUACUGGUUCUAUACAAAUGUGUAUAAUUUGUCAUUUUUUCUCAUAGAAAAACAUUUUAAGAGUCCUUUACAAGAUAGCUUAAUUCACUUUUCUUCAACUAUGUAACUAAUAAGUGGAGUGUAGGUACAAAACAUUGUUUUGAUUUUGUGACUCUUACUACUUGCAAAAAAUGAAGAAAUAUGCCUGUUUUGCAUACUCCUAAUGAGCGUGAUUGCCUUGUUCAUUGUGUUUUGAAUAAGUUAGUUGGCUUACUAUACAGCUGACUCUAAAAUAUUUUAAAUUUUUAUCAAGGCUAGGUUUCUAACUUAAUAUCUGACCUGAAUCACAUUUAAUGGCUCAACAUCUAUGUACACGAUAUAUAGAAAUUCCUAGGCUACAAUUGUUUACUUUAUAAUAAAUCCUAUUACAUAUAUUAAGUUAGUG